UUCCGGUGUUCGAGGGAAAUCCCAUUUGAAAGUUUGUUUACCAGCUUUACCGUGUCGUCUUGUUCACUGCAUGUGACUUGAACGUAUCGUAUUUCGACAGAAUGGAAAGCUCAAAACCACCAAGAGAUGUUAUUCCAGAAGAGAUUUUGACUGACCUUUGCAGUCGAUUCCUCAUCAACAUUCCUGGAGAAGAAAGAGCUGAUCUGGUCAGAGUUUGUUUUCAGAUUGAACUAGCACACUGGUUUUAUUUAGAUUUUUACUGUAUAGAGAAUCCUGAAUUGCCUACCUGUGGAAUCCGUGAAUUUGCCCAAGUUAUUUUCAGACACUGUCCUUAUUUACAUGAACACUCUCAGAAUGUCAAUGAAAUUAUUGCCAAUUGGAAAGAUUACAAGAUGAGUGUACCAACUCACGGUGCUAUAAUAGUAGAUGAAACAUUACAACAUGUAUUAUUGGUACAAGGCUACUGGGCUAAAGCUAGCUGGGGGUUUCCAAAAGGUAAAGUGAACAAAGAUGAAAGUGAACAUCAAUGUGCAAUCAGAGAGGUUUUAGAAGAGACGGGCUUUAAUAUCAGUAAUUACAUAGACGAAAAUGAAUAUAUUGAAGAGCGAAUAAAUGAACAAAUAGUUCGACUGUAUAUUAUCCCAUAUGUGCCAGACGACACUAAAUUUCAACCCAAAACAAGAAAUGAAAUAAAAUCUGUUGAAUGGUUUCUAGUGGAUGAUCUACCAUGCCAUAAAAGAGACUCUACUCCUAAAGUAAAACUUAAUAUGAGUGCUAAUAAUUUCUUCAUGGUCAUACCUUUUGUCAAACCUCUAAAGAAGUGGAUUGCAAAGAAAAAAGGCUCAGGUGAUUCACAAGAACUAAAACAAACAAAACCUAAAACAUCCGUCAUGGCGGCCACCAUGAGUGACAAUAAACAAAUGACAGACAAACAACUAGCGGAUCAACGACGACAACGCCAACAACGGCUGUUUGCACAGGCAAAUAAAAAUGAAUUUACGGACUAUUUGGAGCUGAAAGAAGGUCCUGGGAGUGGUGGUGUGAGAGGAUCGUUACCACAGCAACCAAGGGGCAGAGGAAGAGGAAUGACACAAAAACAGUACAAAAUUUUGGCCCGUGAUUCUGGCAAGGACGCAAGGAGAUCGCUAUUUGAUGAUAAAAAGUCAGACUUGGUUUCUGAUGUCCAACCUGAUACGGAUCAUCCUUUCACCUCUAGAGCUUUUCAGAAUUUCGAGUUUGACUGGGAUGCCAUUUUAAAACAUUGUGAGUUCCAGCCCAAACUUUUCUGA